UCCUCAUCCUACUACACGCCAUCGUCUGGCUACAGCACUCAACAGUACAAUCCAAUUUCGUCUUCUGGUUACUCUAGCGGAUCAUCCAGUUCAUCACAGUACUACAAUCCCAACUCAAACUCACCUACUCGUUACUACGACCCAGUUUUGAACACGAACCUCGGUUACCCGAACCAAAACCAGCAGCAACAAUACCAAUAUGGUACCGGAUAUGGUCAAGCAGGUCAAGCCAACAGUAAUCAGGGUUACUAUGGACAAACCCAGCAGUACGGACAAACCCAGCAGUACGGACAAAAUCAGCAGUAUGGACAGAACCAACAGUACCCGAACAACCAGCAAUACGGUCAGCAGUACGAUAGCGCUCAGAGCUGGUGCUGUGGACCGACAUCGACGUCAUGUUGCUAUCAAAGCAGCACGAGCUCUUCGAACUCCAUGUACUACUAUGAUCCAAGCAUGAGCAAUAACAAUAUGAACUCAAAGUAUAGUAAUGGACAAUAUAAUUACAACAGUGGAACUUAUGGAAGCUCUAGCACCAUGUUACCGUACACCACAACGACAAGAUCUUACGGAAAGAAGAAA